AAAUUCUAUUCCAUUUUCGAAAUUCGUUUUUUUUUCCUAUUAAAAUCGUCUCAAUAUUUAACUGAAAUACAUCAUAUGUAUAUUCACACCAUAUUGCUAAAAUAUACUUAACCUAUAUUUACUAUACGCAUAAUCAACUAUUCGAAACAAAAGAUCGCAGAAUAAAGCAAGAAGAAAACAGUAAAAUGUACUCCAAAGAUAAAAGAUUUUAAUACGUCGUAAAAAAACCGCGAAACGAUCAUGAAAAUGAGCAGUGAUCCGCUAUUGAUCACAUAAAAUUUGACGAACGAACAAAAAGAAAGAAAAGGAAAGCAUAAAGGAAGCGUAACUCAUAGGCAAGGUGAAGCAAGAAUAACAGAUCGUGGCUGGCGAUUGUUUUGGGGCGUCUGCGCCUGGUGGUGCGAGAGAGGACCGACCAGCAGGAGGCGUUUAAGCCUUCGAGAUGCCAGUCGAUUCCGAACCGCCGCGCGGUUGAGGUUGAAUUCGAAUUUCUGGAGAGUCUCCUCGGUGUUGUGUGUUGAUUUUUGAAGAAAGAGAGAAAAAGAUCGAUUUAAUGGCCGUAAACUCGUCCGAUCAGAUGUUUUCCAUGUUUACUGGGGGCCUCUUCCGAUUCGGUCGUCAUUGGCUCCAAGAGAUGUCAAUGUACUUCUUCCGGUUGCACAACCUGCGCCGUCAGGCGGAGGAGGUACGAAAAAAGCGGCAGAAAGGAAAACCGAGCCAAAGCGGACAACGUGGGACCAAUACGGACCAAUCUCAGCCAACAGCCGGAUCCAUGCACUGUUGUAACAAGGUGCACAGGGGCCCGAGCAGGCUCUUUGAGCGUGCUCCGUUGCAGCCCAGCGAUUCCCUCGAUGAAAUCGCGUUUCAGAUACCAAGAGUUCGUGUCGAAUAUUACGUGAACGAAAACACAUUCAAGGAAAGACUUCAGCUGUAUUUCAUCAAAAAUCAACGUUCGAGUUUGAGGAUACGAUUGGCUAAUCUAUUCUUCAAGUUACUAACAUGCUUCUUAUACAUAUUCAGAGUCAUCACCGACAACGAUCCAACUUACGCAGCAUGUUACGGUUGCACACCAGGCAACAAGACCGAGUUCCUCGUGUCACAAAAUUUAACGGAAGAAGAGUUCCAGGAACAUCCGACCAUCAAUUGGGACGCGAUCUUAUGGGUGAGAAGGCCUUUGGAAUUGUGGGUCGUCCAGGUGAUCCUGGCAAUAGUGUCUCUUACGGAAGCGCUGCUACUCGCUUAUCUGGGUUACAAGGGAAACGUCUGGCAGCAGCUUCUCUCUUUCCACUUCAUCCUCGAGUUGGUCAACACAAUUCCAUUCACCAUCACGCUACUUUAUCCACCAAUGCGAAAUCUGUUCAUUCCGGUGUUCCUAAAUUGUUGGUUGGCGAAACAUUCUUUGGAAAAUAUGUUCAACGAUCUGCACAGAGCUAUGCAAAAAUCUCAAUCAGCUUUGAGUCAACAACUUAUGAUCCUUAGUGCUACGUUACUGUGCCUUGUCUUUACUAGCGUAUGCGGGAUCCAACACUUCCAGAGAGCUGGGCACAGGCAUCUAAAUUUGUUCCAAAGCACAUACUACGUUGUAGUGACAUUUUCCACAGUUGGUUACGGUGACUUUGUACCUGACAUUUGGCCCUCCCAACUUUACAUGGUCAUUAUGAUCUGCGUUGCUCUCAUCGUUCUGCCCACUCAGUUCGAACAGUUGGCAUUCACGUGGAUGGAAAGGCAAAAACUAGGUGGCUCGUAUUCCUCGCAUCGAGCGCAAAGCGAGAAACACGUGGUGGUAUGCAGUACAACGCUGCAAGCCGACACUAUCAUGGAUUUUCUAAAUGAAUUUUACGCCCAUCCCCUUCUACAGGAUUAUUACGUUGUAUUGUUGUCACCCAUGGAGUUGGACACCACGAUGAGAAUGAUUCUUCAAGUGCCCAUUUGGGCGCAAAGGGUAAUCUAUAUCCAAGGAUCCUGCUUGAAGGAUAGUGAUCUCACCAGGGCAAGAAUGAACGAAGCAGAGGCUUGUUUCGUUCUUGCUGCAAGGAAUUACGCUGACAAAACCGCUGCUGACGAGCACACGAUACUUAGAUCGUGGGCAGUGAAAGAUUUUGCACCAAACGUUCCUCAAUACGUUCAAAUCUUCCGUCCGGAGAACAAACUUCACGUGAAGUUUGCAGAGCACGUGGUAUGCGAAGAUGAGUUCAAAUACGCCCUUUUGGCGAAUAAUUGCACGUGCCCUGGUGCUUCAACCUUGGUUACUCUUCUACUGCACACUUCUAGAGGACAAGAGGGACAGCAGUCGCAGGAAGAGUGGCACAGGCUGUACGGUAAAUGUUCCGGGAACGAGAUUUAUCACAUUAUUCUAGGGGAUUCUCGAUUUUUCGGCGAAUACGAGGGCAAAUCCUUCACUUACGCCUCCUUCCACAGUCAUCGCAAGUACGGAGUGGCGUUAGUCGCGGUACGACCAGCGGAACUUCCAGAAUUUUAUGAAGACACAAUCCUCUUAAAUCCUGGUCCACGUCAUAUAAUGAAGAAGACGGACACCUGUUAUUACAUGAGCAUCACGAAGGAAGAGAAUUCGGCGUUCGUGGUGGCGAACAAUCAAACUGGUAGUGGGGCCGAGGGCGCGCAAGUAGUCAUUGAAACAAAGACAGACGGAAGUGGAAAUGCGAACAACAACUCGACCAGCAACACGACCAAUAAUAUCACAACUACGAUGAAUACCGGCGCUGGCACAACGACGACCACGACCACCAUCUCGACCAGCUGUACGAUCGCCGGUGGUGAUGGGAACGGUACUGCAAACAAGCCUGGUGCAAACGAGCACCAUCGUAAUUCCAACAAUUGUAACAAUGUGCUGAAAGAAACAGCUUGCUGCAGACAGGAGACGACUUGCACGGGGCCCCGUGGACAGAGCGUGCAACAGGGCACGCAAGCACACAGGGCCCCGCAGGUUAUUUUGCAGGUCCUUCCUAGCACGCCCACACCACUCGAACACCACAACAUACUCGCAUCCGAUGUCCACCAUCCAGGAGGAUUCGGUGAUUCGAGACAGUGUUUAAAGGAUGGAGGAUCUACACCACAGACACCAAUAACCGGAAACCAUUUGGACGUUCCACGAUCCAUUGAACCGAAUCCCAACCUACUCAGUCCCGAAAUUCUUACCCAAAGAAGAGGGAGCAGAAGACCAAGCAUCUUACCAGUCCCAGACAUGUUGACGAGUUCAACCCUGCAUCUUCCUGGUCAAGAGUCAUUGGAUCACGAGGGUGACGAGUCGGAGGACGAGAUGGAUGACGACGUUCCUUGGAGAUCGCCCAGCGAGAAAAUAGCUUUCAAAGGGAUCGUUAAGGGAUUUCCACCAGUUUCACCCUUCAUAGGCGUAUCACCAACAUUGUGCUAUCUGUUAAAAGAAAAGAAACCAUUAUGUUGUCUUCAGCUUGCACAGGUGUGCCAGCAUUGUACCUACAGGAACGCCAAAGAGUACAAUUGGCAGAACAAGACCAUUAUCUUGGCAGCUGAUUACGCUAGCAAUGGGAUCUAUAACUUCAUAAUUCCUUUGAGAGCUCAUUUUAGAUCAAAAACAUCAUUGAAUCCAAUCAUUCUUCUGUUGGAACGAACACCGGAAAUUGCGUUUCUCGAUGCUGUAUCCUAUUUUCCUUUGGUAUACUGGAUGCGAGGAACUAUCGACUGUUUAGACGAUCUUCUUCGCGCUGGUAUCACUCUCGCAGAGAAUGUGGUGGUCGUAAACAAAGAACUUAGCAAUUCUGCUGAGGAAGAUACCUUGGCUGAUUGUAAUACAAUCGUAGCAGUUCAAACGAUGUUCAAAUUCUUUCCUAGCAUAAAAAGCAUAACCGAGCUCUCACAAUCGAGCAAUAUGCGUUUCAUGCAAUUCAGGGCACACGACAAAUACGCUCUUCAUCUCAGCAAAAUGGAAAAGGUAUCUUUUCCUGUUGUUCUUGAUACUAAUUCUCAUCACUUUUCGAAGAACACGUAUUCAAGAACACAAUUUGAUCUUUCGAGAGAAAAGGAAAGAGGUUCCCAUAUAUCUUAUAUGUUCCGAUUGCCUUUCGCGGCUGGUAGUGUCUUCAGUGCCUCCAUGUUGGAUACACUUCUUUAUCAAGCAUUUGUAAAAGACUAUAUGAUAACGUUUGUAAGAUUGUUAUUGGGAGUGGAUCAAGCGCCAGGAUCUGGUUUCUUAACAUCGAUGAGAAUCACAAAGGAUGACAUGUGGAUAAGAACUUAUGGCAGACUUUAUCAAAAACUUUGUUCAACGACAUGCGAGAUCCCUAUUGGGAUUUACAGAACUCAAGAUACUACUGUUUCAGAUACGUCACACGGCGACUCAGACGCGGAGAGCGAUGCCGGUGUCGGUGUGACGUACAAGGUGCGUAAUUCGGCGGCAGGUUCGUGCCUAGCGAAUUGCGCCACUCGCGACAAAGGUGCCUCAGCCUAUUCGGUGAGCCUUGGCGAUGAAGCGCGAGACAACCACGCCCAGCAGAUCGAGAGAGCAGAGAUCGCCAAUUUAGUACGUUCCCGAAUGGAGUCUUUGAAUUUGCCGGUAGCCGACUACGAUGAUGUCUCCGAGAAACGAAACAACCUAUCCUAUGUGAUUAUCAAUCCCAGCUGUGACCUGAAGCUCGAAGAAGGCGAUAUAGUGUAUUUGGUGCGACCAAGUCCGUUCUCGGCGCAAAAGACCUUCGAGCGACACAAUUCCAGACGGAAGAGCAACAUCAGUUUCUGUUCAGCUCAGUUGGUAUCGCAGAUGAGUGCAGCUGUAGCUUCAGCCGGAUUGCCAGGCGCUGGAGCGGGAAGUCGUCGAGGAUCGGGAAUAGGUCUGCCUAGGGCGCCUCCAUUGAGCACCACAAAAUCGAAUUCUUUAUCCUUACCAGACAGCCCAACGGUAGCUGGUACUCUACGUGGUCGUUCCAAUUCGUUAAGAGUGGUCGACGACAUUCUUCUGAGACGCAGCAACUCGUUGAGGCAAGGAUUGACGAUGAGUAGAAGAAAAAGCAGUCUGGAGGAUAUAGGUCUAGGUGCAUUAUCCCAUCCGUCAAACCACAACCCGAUCAAAAUAGCACUGAAUGGCUCUAUCGGUCUGGAAGUGACGCCGCCAGAGGAAGGUUCUCAAAUAGGUGGCGCCAGCAACACUGGAAUAUUAGACGUUGGCCUGCCAUCUAUGCCGGAACUAACUGCUGCCCUCGGAUCUAACAUCGAUCCUUGUUUAGGCGGAUCUUUAGGCGGAUUAUACGAUCCACCAAUCCUCCAGGGCCCAUUAGGAUCACAGUCGCCUCAAAUCCAAGGUGGUACGCAGGAUCCUCAGCAUAUACAAGGGACAAUCGUAUGAUAUAACCUUAUGUGGGGACGCAGGCUCUCCGGCGUGGUGCGAAACAAAUGGCUGUAGCGUUCCCACAUGACACGUCAAAAUCACUAGGUGGGAUAUUGUCUCUCAGCAUUCUGAUUGUCGACGAUUUUGGUGGGACUGAAAGAUGGUAGUGACACGAUGAUUAUAUAAUGAUCGUAAUAAGAAAGCGGCCGGAGAGCAAGGUGUUUCAGUGAUACGUAUCGAUGACUGUGACGAAAUAAAUGAACACGAAGAAUGAACUGUUUAAA